CGCGCUCUCUGCAGCCUACCUCCAGUCUGCGCAGGCCAUCAGCUCGGCAGCACGUCCCAGCGCAACAGUGUGACGAUCAGCCGUGAACAUGAACCUCAAUCUUCCAGACCAGAACAUGCACAGCUCAAGCGAGGGCUGCCUAGAGGACGACAAACCUGAGGUAAUGUUGCCCUGCUUCCGUAGAAACAUGUUUGAAGAGCCGUUGGCCUCCUUCUCAAACGGAUCCAUCAUCUCUCAGCUCCUCCGCAAGACAAUUCACAACAAAAGGGCGCUGGAUGAUAACCAUUUCUACCUCUCUGGUUCUCUGGCCGCUGCCGACUCUGGCCAAGAGGACCAGAGCAGCAUCUCCUCACAAGACAGCACUGUAGAGGCCGUAUCCCCAAGUGAGUCCGUUGCCGCUGGAGCCAGCCCAGAAGGAGAGCAUCUCUUGGCAGAUCAUCUACAGGCCAAGAGAGCCAGAGUGGAGAACAUCAUUAGGGUCAUGGCUGGUUCUCCCAGCAGUAGGCAGCUCUGUGAGGGUGAGAGGUCUGAUACAGAAGCCAGAGAAAUUAGAGAGGCCAGAGAGUCCUGCAGGGAGAACAAACGUAAGCAAAGGUUGCCUCAGCAUCAGGAGCACAGUACUGCAGGAUGGCAGAUGAACAGAAAACCAGGUAGCAGCAACAAUGACAAGUUCAACACCAAGGAAGAGGAAUGCCACAAGUUAAAGGAACAGCUGCACAGCAUGCAAAUGCUUCUGCGUCAACUCCAGGAAAAGUUCCUACAAGUUUAUAGCCAAGAAGAAACGGUUUAUGAGGCUGGAGAUGCAGCAGGUGUGGAGUCUGAGCAUGAGAUCCUCAAAGAAAGUGCAGACGUGUGCUACGUAAGCUCUGAGGAGCAUCUUGAGGCAAACAACAGUACAGUGACAGCACACUUUAAGGACAGGAUCAAAGCUGCUGAUUAUCAGGCACACCAAAGGAAAAACCCGAACUUCCAGGAAACCCUGAAGCAGGAGCUCUCCAAAGCAGUAAAUGAUUGCAUUGACAGGGUUUUUAAAAAGGCCUCCUCCACAGAUACGGACAUGUCUCCUCAGCAGCGUGUCUGCUCAUCUCCAGAGAUCCAGAUCAGCCUGGUUGCAGACAGGAAGAACACGCCCCCUGAUUACUCCCACGCUGAAGAGACUCCUGUAAAAUCCGGAUCCUCAGAAUAUUGCGAGAGCACCAAGGGUCAAACCUCACAGGACCAGACAGAAGCACUUUCACUGGUCGUCCGCAAGCCCCCAGUGACCCAAGGGAGCUCAGUUACUCCAGCAGUGAAAAGGCCUUACCCCAUGCAUCAAACACCUUUCCAGUUCAGCUACACCCCACCUCUCCACGAGAGCCACAUCCUGGAGCACCUUCUCAAGUAUGGGCCCCAUUCCAAUUUUGGCACACUUCCCUGCAUAGCCCCCUCAAUGGACAGGACCUCCCCGGACUCGGUGGACCUUUCCUGGGAUGCCAUGGCCAUGAGAUCCAAGGUGUCAUCCAGUCACUUCAGCCACCACCAUCGCCCCUCCCCCAUGGGAGCGGUGGCGGUUGAUGGACUGUGUCUGCCCCAUGUGAAGAUGGAGAAUGGCGAACUGCAGAGCCUGGCUGAUAGAAACCCCUACAUGUCUCUCAAUAUCCAGGAAGGCCUCACUCCAAGUCAUCUGAAGAAGGCCAAGCUGAUGUUCUUCUACACCCGCUACCCAAGCUCCAACAUACUGAAAACUUUCUUCCCUGAUGUCAAGUUCAAUCGCUGCAUUACCUCUCAGCUGAUCAAAUGGUUCAGUAACUUCAGAGAGUUUUACUACAUCCAAAUGGAGAAGUUUGCACGCCAGGCCAUCGCUGAAGGCAUCCGCGAUGUCAAAGAAAUUACUGUCAGCAGGGACUCUGAGCUCUUCCGGGCGCUGAACAUGCACUACAACAAGGCCAACGAUUUUCAUGUUCCCGACAGGUUCCUGGAGGUCGCUGAAAUCACCCUGCGUGAGUUUUACAACGCCAUCUCUGCUGCCAAAGACUCAGACUCCUCUUGGAAAAAGGCCAUUUACAAGGUGAUCUGUAAGCUAGACAGCGAAAUCCCAGAGGAGUUCAAGACAUCUUCCUACCUAUAGAUUUGUUUGUUUUUUAAAACUUGUACAGAGGAUUAGGAUUGUGAUUUGUCUUUUGACAGUGUUACUUCAUUUCUUCUGGUAUAAUUUAGUGAGGUGAAAUAUAGAUUAAAGACAUUUUAAAAGAAUUGUAUCCCAAAUGUGAAAUUUUAUGCUCUGCUUUGUUAAAAUUAGAAAAUUAAAUAGAUAUCUUUUUUGUUUUUGAUGGUUUUUGUGUUUGUAGCUGUGUUAAAAAGAAUAGCAAAAAGAUGUAAUCAUUCAUUAUCUAGUUUAUCACCACUCAAUAUGGAUAAUAGUUUGGUUUCUGUUUUAUCCUAAAGAUCUUUAUCUAAAGCAAAGAUACAUGCACUGCUGUUUUUUUUUUUUUUUUGUUGCAUAAUUUAUUAAUGUUCUUUCUGUAUAUUGUUAGCCUGUCUGCUUAGUGUUGUAUUGGUUGAAUGCAAAUUACAUGUGAAGGUAAAAACUCUGUCUUAUAAACAAUCAUAUUUCACAAAGAGGAUGAUUGCUACAAUUAAAGAUGCACUAAAUUAUAAAGAAAUAAAAGUCUGUGGUUUUAUUUAAAAA